AUGGACUCAGCCAGAAUCCCUAAGACACCUUCUCGCAGACCAGGCGAAAGAAUCUUCAAGACGACAAAGACCUGCUCCAUCCCCUCUCUUACUCAUCUUCGUAAGGAGUUGGGCUACGGCACUCGAGGCGAAGAACGAGACAUUGCCUUUAAAAGGGCCAUUCGCACACAGAUCAAAACAUUUGUGUCGAGCAGUGACAGCACCCCAGCGUACAAGUUUACCAAGUGGAAGAAUACUGCACAUCAGCGAGGCCUUUUGGAGGUGACCAAAGACUUUCUUGAAGUCCAGGGGAAAGGGUUUGAGUUCUGGCCGCAGAGAGACGUCCCUGAUACCACCCAACCGCUGCAAUACUGGAAAGAUUCUGCCAAAAUCCGUAGUUUUAUGACCAAGGUCUUUUGGCGGGCAGCUCGCGAGUACAAGCGACACAAAAUCGCAUUCACGACACUUCCGCUCCUAUCACAGUCUACCGACACGUCUUGCCGGUCAGAAGACAACCCAGGCGACACCAAGCACCCCCUUUCAGAUAACACGACUCAUCUCAGGGGCAAUAGUGCCGAGGAUCCUAUCGAUCUUGAGACUAUGCAGUCAACUACAAGUGCUAUUGGUCCAUCUAGAGACAAUGAUCCUUUCGUGGGCAGAUCGAUACGUUUUGACGCAUUUGUACCAGCUGAGGAUUCGCUAGACGAGCCCUCCAGUUCCGAGCCAUUCUCCUCGUCACUUUUCGCCCCUGACAUGCUUGGCUGCCAACCGACUGAUGCUGCAGAUAACCAUCAAGCUGCACCAGAAGCCAGGAUGCAUGGCGAUGACCCGUGGGAGGGGCAACAGACAAGUAAACGACCAGCCGAAGCGAGUUCGAACGACAACAAUCAUCAAGCCAAGUGCCCGAGGAACAAAGCAGCAUCUUCUGGGCAACCUACUCACCCAUCCAAUAAAGGAAAGAAGGCCAAAAAAAACGCCGAUGAUGCUUCCACGACCCGGCGGUCCUCUGAUCGACGGAGGAAACCGAGAGUCAAUCAAGAUAGUGCCACAGAGGAGCAAAUGAUGGCGGUUUUCAACUCCGACAAUGAGACUGGGCAACGCCAACAGAGUAAAGGCAAAGCUAAUGGCCAAGUUCCGCAGGAGCUAUCGUCUCAUUGUAGAGACCCUGCCGCUCCUAGGGGAUCAACCGGUGAGCAGACAUCUGCGCAGGCUGCAAGAGAAGCAGCAGCUCGACAAGCAGUGGAAGAAGCUGCAGUCAUGGAAACAGCUGUAGGUGUUGAGGAACAACCUCGUGUCGCGACUGGCCUCUCUGCCAGAGCGCAGGGGAAACAGCCUGCUUUACCCACAAGACAGGCUGCUGUGGUUGAGGCUGGUCCAAGCAGGGAGCGAGACGUGGUUGAAGAAUCUACUCCAAGGACAGAGACGAGUGCUCCUCAGGUAGUUCAUCCGAAUAUUACGAACAGCUCCGGAGGAAGUGGUGAGCAAGAGCAAGAGCAGCAAGACUUUAGUAUUGUCAUCGGCGAUCAAGAGCAACAAGCUCUUGACAGUUGCGAGUUGAUCCAUACGACCAACAUGGAAGAUACUGUGACGUGGGUGACUCAAAGAUUUCCCACAUCAUUCUUCCAAAUGUCUCUCGCAGACAUGUUUCGAGAAGCAGGACUGGACGACUCUGCAACACUCCAUCUUAGAUUCAGGAGUCGUGCGCACGAUUGGGCAGAGAGACUCGAAAGGAAUAUAGACGGCGAAGAUGACUUUUGUUCCUUGAAAGAACAAUGGCUGGAUCAUAUUGCAAAGCAGCAUCGGCGUGCUGCUUCAACCUCGAUGGCGCAGAGGCGAAGGGCCAAGUAUUCCCUCUACUUUUCAAAUGAGCCUUUCACGGUUUGA